AUGGUUGUAUUAAUAAAUUUGAAUUAGAAUAAUGCAUUUUUAAGAGUCUUUCAAAUCCAAAUUGUCUCAGAUCUUAUUUUUAAUAAGAUGGAUAAGAAAUUUGUACUCUAUCUGCAAUAAUUGAUUUUAACAUAGCUCCAGCAAUUAUAAAUUAUUAACAACUCAUUUGAAAUUGAAAAUACUAUUUCUAAAAACAACAGAUUUGAUAUUAAAAUGUUAGAUUUGUGA